CAAAAGAAAAAUGGCUUCUGCAUUGCUACAUGGUGACCGUAGCGAUGUAGUUUCCAGAGUUAAGAAAACUCCUUCUCCCGUCGUCCAAAGUAGUAAAACACCAACUCCAAGUGGCAGUGCGACCAACAAACGUCUCAAUAGCUCUGCUGGUGCCUCAAAACAACUUGUGUCCGCAGCGAAGGUUCCCGCAUCCCGAUGUAAAUCAGCAGCUAAGCAACGUCCGUCCGACAUCUUGAAUCCAAAAACAGUUGAUCCAGUAAGUAAACCGUCACCUUUUUUGGCUAACACCAGAACGAUUUUUAUCAUCUCAUUCGUAUUGUGUAAAAUUUGUUUUGGUGGUUUAUACGGGCAAAUUUGCGAUCAAAAGAUGUGAUUACUCAUUGCAUGUAGACUUGAAUUUAAUCUGACAGCUCAAAAAGUAAACAAAACAUUAGACCUGUAAGGCUUACCCGAUUUGUGUUCUAAUUUCAGUUUAAUGACAAGACACCAAAGUCUUCAUUUGCCGCAAGUUACACAAAUGGCGGAGUACCAUGUCGGUAAGUUUAAAUGCAGUAUUUUUGAAGGCCUCUUAAAUUUUCAUGGCUGUCAUUUCUGUAUUUAAAGAGAGCUAAUUUAAUUAAUUACUGGUCGUAUUUAUCAUUUCGAAGGAACUUGUAGGAAGGAAGACCCAAUACUAGUUUACUGGAGUAAAACUAUUGUAAUUGCGCUCUACACUUGAAGUUGAGCUAUCACACAAUAUUAUAUUGUUUGGUUUAUAAACAAUCACAGAGCCUAAGUGAUUUUGCAGAUUGGUGCUGCCUCAGUGUAAUUCAUUUUUUUGGCACAUAAGCUUACUACUAUCUGGUGUUUUUAUCUUUCUUAUUUUCCUUACUUUUCAGCGUGCAAAGGAGGUAAUUUUGCUAUCGGGCUAGUGAAUAUUUCUGUUGUUAACUUACCUGAUGGGCAAGUGAUGUUUUUUGAGCAAUCCGAAUAAUAGAAGAACUAUGAAAUCAAUUCUGCUGGUCAAAAAGUGUCUGGGGCUAGUUGAAAUGACGUCUGGGCUAGUAAAUGCUAGCUUCGGCUUGUAGGAAGCUGGAAAAAUGGUUUUCUCUGCACCCUUCUUUUUUUUUCCUUUAAUUCUAUUGCCUUGGCUUGGUUAAACUUCUGUUUUGCAUGAAGUGUCUUUCUGUCGCCACCAUGAUCAGAUCUGGGGGGAAAGCCCCAGGGUUGUCAGAAAGUUUUGAAGUAGACAGCUGAGCUGUCAAAGUAAGCGGCCAGUCCAGCAAUAUUUUAUUUAAAAAAACGCCAUCUUUUUAAGAAAUACCAAGCAGAGUAGCCGGUUGAUACUAACCAAAUAGGUGGCGAUUUUUGCCAGCAGCCAGCUACUUUUGACAACCCUGCCCAAAGGCCUACAUGUAGUUGGCAUAGCACAGCCUGUUUUGUGACCAGGUUUACUGGAUGAAUUUGAACUGCAUUUUUCAUUAUUUGCCUCUAGUUUAUUUCUACUGUAUUUAAUAUUAAUGUCUUUGGGCUUAAUAAAGGGGUCACUGUUGACGUGUAGUCUGGGAUCAUAUAUCUUUAGUUUGACUGUAAUUGAUGAAAUGUUUCAGGGAUUUUAUAACAGUUCUUCAUCUUUGUUUAGCUUAGUUCACGGCUCUGUUAAACACAAACUUCAUUGGAACACACCUCCUGAUAACUUGCCAUUUGAUCCUGUGUUAGUUAUAUUAGCAGAGGUGAGUAUGUAAAGCGAGAAAGGGCUGACACAGCCAAAAAAACCAAAGGAUUCAUUAUAAUUUUCCAUUUACGUAAGUUUUUCCCCUAACAGUACUGUACCAAUAAUAUUAGGGGUGGCGAAUGGUAAAAUCCGAGACUCGCCGAGACACCGAGACCCUAGUUAGAAAUCCGAGCCAGAGACUCUUUGGUAAAAAGUUUCGAGACUCAAAAAAGUUAAAGACAAACCAUGCAAAAACGAGACUUCGAGACUUAUCAAAAACGCUUCCGAGAUUUCGAGAUCCUGUUAAAAUUUUCCGAGACCCACGUUUUUCGAGGUACCAUUCGCCACCCCUAAGAUUGAUAAUUUCACUAGGUUUGAUUUGCGGUGUUACAUGUAGGAUAAGGGUUGGAGUGUCAGUUAAAAAAAUUUUGUCAUACCUUCAUUUCUAACCUCUCUGAUAAGUUUUGGUUGGUAAAUUUCAUACAGUGUAGCUGACUAUGUUAGUAAAUCAAACAUUAGCAUAUGUCAGUUUUGUAGCCUGGAAGAAAACACAUGAUUAUCUCUGAGAAACAGAUCAAGAGUCUGAUAUUAUUUUUCACUAUUCUCAGGGUCUUCGGGAAACAAAACACCCUUACACAUUUGUUGCCCGUGAAGGGUUUAGAGAGAUGCUUGAAGUAGAUGAUGCCGGGUCACGGACAUUACCGAUAUUAUCUAAGCUUAUUGUUCCACUCAGAGCUGCUCUGGUAAGUUUAACUUAAUAAACUAAGUAGCACCCAUAAUUAACUACCAUUUUAUUUUUUAGGAAUUCAUACAGAGUUGAAACCCUCUUUUCAGAUACAUGUAGUCAAAAUGUACAGGUCCUACUGUUUGUUAGCCUGUUUUUCAAUCUUGAGACUUUAGUAAAGUGUGUCUGUUUGAUAUUGAAACCAGGUUUGGCCAGUGUUUUAUUUAACCACACAUCGAUUGAAAGUAAUAUUCACUCGUUAUUGUAGUAAACAAUGUCAAAAAUAUGUAAAUAAAUAAUUAAAUAAUGAGUUAGAGGAAGCACAUCCACGUAGUGGCUCUUUGUCUACCUGAUUCCUGCUCGAAAUGGAAUUUGGAAACAACUGUUUUGAGGAGAUGGGUAGAAUGGAGUACCCAAAGAAAAACCUCUCAGAGCAAAGGAGAGAACCAGCAACAAACUCAGCCAUGCAUUUGCAUCAAUGCCAGGAUUUGAACGUGGGCCAAAUUGGUGCAUUGGAGGCAAGUGCCCUUACCACUGCGCCAAAAACAGAUAAAUGUUAUAUUAUUACAGAAUAAUGUACACUGGUAUUUAUGACUGGCUUAAUGAGCAAGAUGCAGUGAAUCUUUAACUGCCAUCUGUGAAUGUUUGCAUUGGAGGCUAUUGUGUUUAUUAUCAAGUUUUUUUUUUAGGCUUCAACAGACACUCAAGUUUUCUACAGCUCUUUAGAAGCACUGGUUCAACUCAGUGCAGUUACAGGCUCUUCCCUCAUCUCUCAUCUGAAGGCUCUCUUACCACAGGUAACUUCUACUCACUGACUACCACUCUCCUUGUCAAUCAGUUGUAAAAAAAUGGAAAAAAGGGCAAUGCACUUUAAUUUUGUAUUGAUUAAAAAAAUACACCAAAAGUAAGCUUCUUCAGUAGUAAUUAUGAAUCUUUUCUUUAGUCACAAUGUACCAUAAUGGAUUUGUUCUAUCAGAAGUUGAUUAGUUUGAAUGGAAACUAUUAAUGCCACCUCUGUGGGCCUGACUUUGUACCUCAUAAUGGUCGGAGAUGACAGUCCACUAUAAACUGUUGACUACCUUAUCUCAUAGCUGUAUUCCCUGACUAUGCAAUAAUAAUUGUUAUCUGCAUUUAUGUUACAUUUGCAGGUGUCAAAACGUUUUAUGGACAAAACUCAGAAAGAAAGAAUAUUACUUGCCUUACAAAGACUUGAACAAAAUCUUGGAAAGGUAGAUAAU